GUGUGUGUCGCUCGGGGCUAGCUUUCGAGCCCGCAGAGACGCGAGCAAUCCCCACCCCCACACAUACUAGAUGGCACACACCGACCGAGCGCCCACCCCGCGCUCACUCGACUCACUCGACUCACUCGAGCUUGCCGUUUCAUGCCUUCUUGUCGUCGGUAAUGACUCGUUUGUCGACAGUGUACGUCUCGAGGGCCUCCUCGUCGAGCGAUAUGCCCAGCCCCGGGCCGGUGGGCAGGUGCACCAUCAGCAGACCGGACGCUUUCUCUUUCCAGAUCAGCGACGAGGCGAACGUCGUGACGUCCUUGAGACGCAAUGUCGACCUGACACAGAGAGAGGGCAGAGAGUGGUUGCAGGGGUGGGUGGGGGGAGGGGUGACGUGUCUGUGUGCACAUGAAGCAGUGUCCAGAUGGGUAGAGUGUGGGCGUGACGGCGGCCAGGUGGAGGGCGGCUGCCUGGGCCACGCCCGUCUCGAGCAUCGAGUUGAACAGAAUGGGAAUGCCAUAUAACUUGGCGACCCCUACACCCAUCCGGCCAUCCAUCCGGCCAUGAGUAAACAGCACAUCAGCGGGCUUUCUCGCUCUUGCGUGGACUUUUCUCCUCUCACUCACCGAUUGUUUCCAUGGCCUUGCUGAUGCCGCCGUUCUUGACGACUUUGACACUAAACACCCCACACCCUAAACACACAGAGACACACACACAGUGCCCGUCUGCUCCCGUCCGUCACUUUGCUUCAUCUCUUCUAUCACCUUGCUGCUGCGCAAAGUGGAGGGCGUCUUUGACAGUGACGAGGGACUCGUCUAUCGACAGGGGGAUGGACGUCUGUCUCUGGAGGGAGAUCAUGUCCUGCGGCCGCUCCUUCGACACGGGCUGCUCCACAAACAGCGGGCCCUUCGACUGCAGCGGCUCCAACCCACGCAACAGCUGAAUCGCCUCGUCCUUCGUGAAAGCUGCAUCCAUGGAAGAGGAGACACAGAGGGGUGGGAGGGAGGGAGCUGUGGAGGGGGCGCUGCCUUGGCCGCUUGCCUUGGUUUGCGUCGGGCACGAUAACGAGUUCCUUGCCGAGUUUCUUGCCGAAGCUCUCUCUGGCGGUGGCGAUGCGCUCUAUCUGCAUAUCUAUGUCCUUGAUGGCCCCCAUCCUGACACACAGACACACACACAGACGCAGACAGGCAGCCAAGAAGAAAUAUAUACAGGAUAAAGAUGUGACAACCGUGGCGCCCCUUUGCCCACUUGAACAUGAAGGUCCUGCACACCAAGGUUCCCCAGACAUGCACCAGCACAUCCAUCUCUCAUCGGUGCGUUGUGUUGGGUUCUUGCGCCACAUCUCACACACUCACUUGUAGCCCUCCUCGAUCUUCUUCUUCAUCUGUGCAGUGGGUGUCACAUCGUGUGGUGAGCACAUCGAUGGCCGGUGUGCCACCGCGCCCGCCCACCUCCUUUUUGUCCUUUUCAGGCUCCUGGUCGCCCAUGGGCCACAGCAGAUCCAGAGAGGUGCGGAGCGGCCCGCCCAGCAGCUGAUAGAUCGGCGCACCCAACUUCUUCCCUGCACCCAUCACACAACAGACACGAUGGAUGGAUGGAUGGAUGGUGUCGUUGGGUUACCGAGUAUGUCCCAGCACGCAAUGUCGAUGGCCGCUUUGGCUUGUGGGUUGCCGGGGAUGAUGGCGUCCAUGAUACGGUUGAUCUCGUUGACGUGCAG